AUGUUUCCUAAGUUUUUACUACCAUCGAUAGUCUUCCAUCCAAGACGUCAAAAUGCAGCAGAUAAUACGUCGCCGAAGCCAAUACCAUCAGAUGAGGAAAGCAACGACAAUCAGUAUCUGACCGUCCAUAUGUCGUGCCUUCAUUGCUCAAGAUGCGCAGCAGAUUUAUGCCUAACAUCCCAAAUCAUUAGCAAAGGCUUUACUGGCCGCCAUGGUCGCGCAUAUCUCGUUUCAGGAGAGCUUGUCGCCAGGGCUGUCUCCUUGACCGAAUCAUCUUCACCGAAUGUUUCGCUUCCAAACACAGUGUUACGAAGGCCAGUAGCUCGUCAGCUGGUCACCGGUCUGCAUAGUAUUAGCGACAUAUGUUGCGCAUUCUGUGAUAGUGUUCUCGGUUGGAAGUACGUAUCUGCGGAAGAGGAGUCGCAGCGAUACAAAGUUGGCAAGUUCAUCUUGGAAACAAGACAAAUCACCAAGUCAUCAACGUGGGAAACACCGCUAGGAACAGAGCCAUCUGUAUCGCUUGCACCACAGAGUUGUGCUGAGACAAUGCCUUCAAUAAGUGAGGAAGACGAUCAUAUUGAAUUUGAUAGCGAGGAUGAGGACGAGUGCGAGGACCUCUUUACUGGCGUUUGGAGCCCUAGUCUGGCCUUACGCAGGAGAAAUCGCAAGUUGGAUCGCCGCCCUUCGUUAUUUGGAUUUUCACCAUAA